AUGCAGGCGAUCAUACCAGAAAACAAAGUGCUGCCAUUAAUGGAGAGGUAUGGAGGUUCGUCUGACCUAGUUAAGCAUUUACGAUCCUUCGUAGAUGCCAUGGCGGUAUAUUCAUCCGAUGAACUGGUAUGGUCUAGAGUUUUCUCUCUUUCAUUAAAAGAGGAAGCAUUAGAUUGGUUCCAUUCAUUACAACCUGGAACCAUUGAUAACUUUGUCGAACUGCGCCAACUAUUUACUCAGCAGUAUGCCUCGAGUAAGACGCCCGGUGUGACAUAUACAGCUCUAGUAAGAAUGAAGCAAGGACGAGAAGAGUCCCUCAAACUUUUUAUGGAUCGGUUCAACCGUACCGCCCGGCAGGUACGGAAUGCCGAUCAGCGACUGGUGGUGAGUGCUUUGACCACUGCAUUGCAGCCUGGUCCGUUUUGUGACUACCUCCACGCAGAAGAGCCUCAAAGCAUGGACGAGUUACAAAGCAAAUUGGCCAGUUUGAUUCGUAUAGAAGAAGGAAGAGCCCAUCAACGCGGAAGAGAGGAGGGGGAAUCAAUGCCCCGUCCGACCAGAGUGAGAUCUGGACCAUAG